AUGUUUGCCGUUAGCUCCACGCGCGUCGUCGUGAACGCCGCGAACACGUCCGGGACGAAGCGCGUCGCGGGGAAGAAGGCCGCCGCGGGCAAGCCGGGCCAAAAGAAGGGAUUCUUCGAUUGGUUGCUCGAAAAGUCCGUGCGCGAUUCCGGCGUCAUCGGCGCCGGGUACGAAGACGACCUGAAGAGCGGGCAGUACAAGCCGAAGGGCGGCUUGAACAUCUCGGAGGGCGGCUCGUUUAAGAUUUAA